UGGCUAUGGUAUAGGUAGUACCUCGACGCUAAGCGAGUCAGGCAUCGCGUCGCGUCUUCCGAAGUGGAGAGCUGGCAAAAGUCGCAUCAUCAUUUAGCAAUGCCACCCACGGCACGAAUACCUACUCUCGAGUUCCGAUCGCUUCUUCUGCCGCCGAUUCGAAUCCCUCUCCGUGCCAUUCGCUCCCUAUGCCGCCCGCAAUGCGCCCCCGCCGCUCUUCAUGCUACUCGCCUUCCGCAAUGCCUCGUGCAACGCCGGUCGCUACAUCUCUACAAGACAGCUAGGGCUAAGACGGCGCUGGGAAUGCACAAAAUCAUCAACUUCAGUCCCUACGAAAUAGCAGAACCGGCUGCAUCAGAACACAAAGUCAACCUGGUUGAAGGCAAGGAGGACUCUACAAUCGUAGCCAAGGACGUUUCGCUCCAAGAGCUAUACGACAAUCAUGUUAAGCCGGGCUAUAUGCUAUACCUGACGCAGGAGGUCCAGAAGAAGACGGCAGAGAAUAUCGAGAAGCUCAAGAAAGAAGACAUACCGGGCGAGGCUAGAAACUACGCCAUUGUCAAAGCACAUACACGCUUCGUGAAAGUCGAGGCAGGGCAGAAAGGGAAGCAGCUUGGCGGAUUGAAGAUUGUGAUUGUCACUCUGGCGAACCCGGUGGACUACUUCCAGCUGGCACUCGAUCGCGCGUACCAGUUCAUUGCAAACGGCUCACCUGUCGAAUUCCGCAUCCGCAUGAAGGGUGCCAACCUUGGCAAGGAGAAUAGACUUGGGCCUGGAGACGCUGAUGUCUGGCCGUGGAUGCACAACCACUUUCCACACAUACGUCCGGAUUUUAUAUUGAAAGCGAUGCCCGAGGGAACCUUCUUCCUGGUCGAGCCUGUGAGUGAUGGACGGCACGUGCAGUUUGUCAUGGCCAAGCAGGCAGAGCAGAUGCCUCGUAUUAGUCUCACUACGCGGUUGCAACACGUGAAGACAUCAGUGAAGAAGUCGAUUGAGCAAGGGAAGCAAGGCCAGCUGCCAAAGGCGAUGAGGAAAGAAUUACGGGACGGUGGACACGAGGACUAUUCUGUCGACACGGGAAUGCCCAGACGGUAGGUAUUGCGGGCGUCUGGGAAGCGGUAUAGAAAUAUGGGUCGGUGGACAGAAACCAAGGAGGCAUUGCACAAGUCGGUGACGAGUCUGGAAA